CUGCAUCACGUGGUUGAAGCAUCACGCAGCUGGCUGUAUCGCAGCGCGUUUCCACUAUGAAGCAUCAUCGCGACUGCUGCGCAAUUUGACUGCAAGCCUUUGCUACCAAUUCCACCUAGGCAGCUCUCCAAACGCACAGGUUAUGCCACUCCACAGGCUUCCUGAAACCCCCACUGUGAAAGAGAAGGGCUGAUCCCCAAGCUCUAGCUACUCUCCUCCCACCUCCACCCGCCUCCCUCCCUAACCACACAUAGCCCCCCACUCCCACUCCGCCGGACCCCGUACCCCAUGGCUGCAGGAGGCCAUGCCCCUGAGAAGGAUGUGUUGAUCAACCUGCAUCAGGAGGAGGAGGAUGAGGAAGGUUCCACAGAGGAGCAGGAAGAGGAGGAGGAGGAGGAGGACUGGGAGAAGGCAUUAUCAGUGGAGAGGUUCGGGGACAUCAUCACUGAGUCCGUGUUCAGCAGCGGAGACAAAAUGGGCCGCAACUACAACGAAAAGGAUUUUGAGUAUCAUCGGCACACCUUUCACCACACUCACCACCCCCUGUCCACCCACCUGCCCCCGCCCCAGCGCCUACGCAAGCGGGUGCUCAGCAUGGACAGCGACCGCCGGCGCAAGAAGAAACGAAAGAAAAAAAAGACCUCCAUGCCGCCCUCGGAGGUCACGCCCACCAUCCAUGAGGUAGAUGAGGAGGAGGAGGCGGAGUCUGAGACAGAGGGGCGGGACCAAGAGGCCACGCCCACUGAGCAGCCUGACAACCAACCACAGUUUAGCUUGGGGAGUGAGGAGGAUUUGGAUCCGGCUCUCCCUUUCACUUCCUUCCACAUGGAGAGCGAACAACAUCUGCCGCCAGAGAAGGCCACAUUGGCAAAGGCAGAGGAGGUGGUGGUGGAGGAGGAGGAGGAGGAGGAGGAGGAGGAGGAGGGGGAACAGCAACAGGAGGUUCGGGAUCAACCGGAGGAUGAGGAAGGUGAUGAAGAGUCCAACAACAGGUGCCCCCCCUCUGUGGACCCCUCUAGUGUGACCACCUGUGGCUGGUUCAGGAGGAGUCCCCUCCACCCUGCACCGAGGACCAGUUAUGACCUGCGGGAGCGCAUCUGCAUCGGUAGUAUGACGACCAUGGAAACAGCCGUGUACCAGAAAGUGCCCACUGACGACGCUGAGGCUGAGAUGCUGGCUAGCGCUGAUCUGGACGACAUGAAAAGUCACCGAUUCGAGGACAACCCUGGAGUGAGGCGUCACCUGGUGAAGAAGUCAUCUCGAUGCCAGCUCCUCCAGACCACCAACAUCUCUUCUCAACUGUCCAGCGUGAAGAAGAAGAGGACGGCUGACAAGAAGACCCAUGAGGUGUUUGUGGAACUCAAUGAGCUGAUAGUGGAUAAGAACCAGGAAAUGCGCUGGAAGGAGACGGCCCGCUGGAUCAAGUUUGAGGAGGACGUGGAAGAGGAGACAGACCGCUGGGGAAAACCCCACGUGGCUUCGCUUUCCUUCCGUAGUCUGCUGGAGCUCCGCAGGACCAUCACACAUGGUGCCGUCCUUUUGGACCUGGAGCAGACCACCUUGCCUGGUAUUGCUCACCUGGUGGUGGAGACCAUGAUAAUCUCAGACCAGAUCAGAGCGGAAGACCGGGCCAACGUGCUCCGUGCCCUGCUGCUCAAACACCAAUUCAGUUUUCCUAGGCCCAGUUUGGUCCCUAGGCCCAGUUUGGUCCCUAGGCCCAGUUUGGUCCCUAGGCCCAGCUUGGUCCCAGAUCCCGACACAAGCCCUCCAGUAAAGAAGAGGACAGAAUGCCACCCGAACGACGAAAAGGAGGGCCUCUUCCAUCGCAACCACUCUAGUAACAGCCUUCAAGGCAGCUUCCACCGCAACCACAACCACGUUCCCAACACUGCGUUGCCCCUUGUGGCCGAAGACCAUGCAGCGGUCCACCACCACCAUGACAACAAAGCACCAGACCAUGACAAAGAGAAAUCACAUCACCCCCUGCCGACGGCUCACGACCAUCAGGUUACCAAACACACAAAACUCUUAGCCAAGAUUCCCAAGGACGCCGAAGCAACCGUGGUCUUAGUGGGGUGUGUGGAGUUCUUGGAGCAGCCGGCCAUGGCCUUCAUCAGGCUGAGUGAGGCGGUGCUGCUGGAGUCGGUCCUGGAGGUGCCGGUGCCAGUCCGUUUCCUCUUUGCCCUGCUCGGCCCCGCUCAGUCCAACAUGGACUAUCACGAGAUCGGACGCUCCUUCUCCACCCUGAUGUCUGACAAGAACUUCCACGAGGUUGCUUACUUCGCGGAUGAUCGGCAGGACCUGCUGAACGGCAUCAAUGAGUUCCUGGACUGCAGCAUCGUUAUCCCCCCGUCGGACGUGGAGGGCAAGGACCUGCUAAAGACGGUAGCCUCCUUCCAGAAGCAGAUGCUGCGCAAGAGGAAGGAGAGAGAGAACAUUAAGAAGGGCAUGACCCAGGCCACCCCCGGGACAGACCAGGAGACCAAAGAGGUGAGCCAGGACGAGCAGGAAGAGGAGUACCAAGAGGUGGACCCCAUGAAGCGGUCAGGCAUCCCAUUCGGGGGCCUCAUCCAUGACAUCAGACGACGCUACCCACGCUACGCCAGUGACAUCAAGGACGCCUUGGACUCACAGUGCAUUGCCGCCAUCAUCUUCAUCUACUUCGCAGCCCUCUCGCCCACCAUCACCUUCGGAGGACUGUUGGGAGAGAAAACAGAGGGCAUGAUGGGAGUCUCUGAGCUUAUCAUCUCCACGGCGACCCUGGGGGUGCUGUUCUCGCUGUUGGCCGGACAGCCCCUGCUCAUCAUCGGAUUCUCAGGACCACUGCUGGUGUUUGAGGAGGCCUUCUACAAGUUCUGCCAGGCCCAGGGCUUCGAGUACCUGACUGGCCGGGUGUGGAUUGGCUUCUGGCUCGUCUUCAUAGUGCUGUUGAUGGUAGCGGCCGAGGGCAGCUUCUUGGUCAAAUACAUCUCACCCUUCACCCAGGAGAUCUUUGCCUUCCUCAUCUCGCUCAUCUUCAUCUAUGAGACCUUCUCGAAGCUCAUCAAGGUAUUCCAGGAGCAUCCUUUGAUGAGAAGCUACCCGCCUGCUCUCAGCCUGCCCGGUAUGGACUUCAUCAACCCCACAGACCCCGGGGGCCCGGUCCUAAACCAACCCAACACAGCCUUGCUGUCUCUCGUCCUUAUGCUUGGCACCUUCUUUGUGGCCUUCUUCCUCAGGAAAUUGCGCAAUAGUCGCUUCCUGGGCGGGAAGGCCAGAAGAGUCAUCGGAGACUUUGGCAUCCCCAUCUCCAUCCUCUUCUCUGUACUGUUGAGUUACUCCAUCCCCGACACGUACACCCAGAAGCUGAAUGUACCAUCUGGUUUCUCGGUCACGUCUCCUGACAAGCGGGGCUGGUUGAUCAGUCCAUUCGGUGACAAGAAGCCCUUUCCCUUGUGGAUGAUGGGAGCUUCGGUGGUGCCCGCUCUCCUUGUCUUCAUCCUCAUCUUCAUGGAGACACAGAUCACCUCACUAAUCGUCAGCAAGAAGGAGCGUCGCCUGGUCAAGGGAUCGGGCUUCCACCUGGACCUGCUGCUCAUUGUCACGCUGGGCGCCAUGUGCCCUCUGUUAGGCCUGCCCUGGCUCACAGCCGCCACUGUGCGCUCGGUUACGCAUGUCAACGCCCUUACUGUCAUGAGCAAGGCCACAGCGCCUGGCGAGAAGCCUAUGAUCCAGGAGGUGAAGGAGCAGCGGGUGACGGGCCUGGUAGUUGCCGUGCUCGUGGGCAUGUCUAUCGUGAUGACGGACGUGCUCCGUAACAUCCCACUGGCCGUGCUGUUCGGGAUCUUCCUCUACAUGGGCGUCACGUCGAUCACUGGCAUCCAGCUCUACGAGCGCAUCACACUCAUGUUCACGCCCGCCAAGCACCACCCCGACCACAUAUAUGUGACCAAGGUGAAGACGUGGCGUAUGAACAUGUUCACCAUCAUCCAGCUGGCCUGCAUUGUGCUACUGUGGGUGGUCAAGUCGACCGUGGCCUCACUCGCCUUCCCCUUCAUCCUCAUCAUGACCGUGCCGCUCCGCCGCCUCAUCCUCUCCCGGAUCUUUGAGGAGCGUGAGCUUCAGGCGCUCGACGGGGAAAAUGAGGACUCCCCCAACUUUGACGAGGAUGGUCGGGACGAGUAUAAUGAGAUUCACAUGCUUGUGUAGACACGUCACACGGGUAGGCCCAAUCGGCUCUCUCCAUCUUCCAAGGCUCUCUCCAUCUUCCAAUCACGAGCAUGUUUCUUAUUACGUCUGGGAGCUGUGUCUUGAAAACACUCAGAUGACGUUUUUCCUCUCAAAGAGGUCAGUAGCUCUGCUGCCCUACUGUUGCUGAGCGUGUCAGGAAUCCUCAAGUGCGUGACAUGGACAUUGCACUUUUUAAACACAGACCAAUAGUUCAUAAACACUCGUCCCCACUCAAACCCUGGACAUGGG